AUGAGCGCCGCCAUCGCGCCGUAUGGGGCAGGUUCCCGUCGAUCGCGAAUGGCUACUGGUAGCAUUGGCCAUGUGCCCGCCCCGACAUUUGCUGAGUACGUAGACGAUCCCUUCCUCGACCAUCGGCGCGAUGAGGCGGAUGCGUCGCAGACACAAGAGCAAGACAUGGCCGGCUUGAUCCAUCGCGCGCCGUCUCCGGGGGCGUCGCAAUGCUCACCGGCGCAACAGUCGCAAACACCCGCGCAGUGCAUCGCAGUGCGCCCUGCCCUGACCCAUCGCCUGUUCUCUCAUCAUCUACACGUACGAGCAUUAGCUAAGCUGCAACGCGAUAGACUACUUUCUGGACCCAUGAUCGAUAUAUACGUAGGCGAGUCGAAGCGCCACUGGGCGCUGCACCGCAACCUGCUGUGCCACCACUCCGAAGCCCUCGAGAAUGAGCUCCUGGGCGAUGCCAACGGCAAUACGAGGAAAGACCGCCUUGACUUGCCCGACCAUGACCCGGCCGGCUUCGAGCUGCUGGUCAAAUGGCUCUACCAAGGCAGUCUGGACGACGUCUCAGACAUGGCCGACGAGAACCAAAAGUACGACUAUGCUGUGAGCUGCCACAAGCUCUACCUCCUUUGUGAGCGCUUCAGCAUGACCCAGUUGAAGAAUGUAGCCAUGGAUCAGUAUAGAAAAGGUCUACAUGAGGCUGAGUUGGUCCCCGACCCCGACGAGAUCGACGCCAUUUACCGCAAGAGCCCGACCGGCUCGCCCUUUCGUCGCCUGAUGACGCGCAUUGCCGCUCGCCAGAUCAUGGACCCUGGGAAUGAGCGUGACGUUGAGACGUAUCGCGAAUGCUUUACCAACAACCCUGACUUUGCCAUUGAUCUGGUCAAGGCCAUCAGAUCUGGCACUGGAGGCAUGUUGUUUGACGACCCAACAGACAAGGGAAAUGAGUGCCUCUACCACGAUCAUGAGGCCGCACCCAACUGUUACGUCAAGGAGAAACUUCGAGGGAAGCAAGCAAAGAAGAGGAUCGCCCAGUCAUCCGUCAAAUCAGUCCCCUACAUAAACUCCGUCCAGCCGAACCGCCCUCACCUCCCCCAUCUCCAGACAGAGCCGCUCCUUCAUUCUCCACCGCCUCCUCCCCCGCCAGCUCGCCCACACGGCAAAAAUCCUCUUCGCCGCUGCCUGACAAGUCCGGCGAGUUCGACAGUUGGUACAUCGAAGGAAAUGGCAGUCGCUACUCAGCCGCCCAAUCCAGACGCCUUUCGGGACAGGGAGAAGGACAUGGAAAAGCUGCGCAAGGUGACGCCUCCGGAUCGAAAACGCCUGGAACGGUUCCAAGUCAACGGGACGAGGACAUACGAGACACACCUAGCCCUCGACGAGCGCCUCCAAAGCUUAGAAGACAGACAUCGCCUAGUGAAGGAUAGCCAGGUCAUCGAUGGAGUCGAUGGUGAGGGUCAAGGAGGACCUGUGCAGCCGCUAUAUCAAACCCCCUUACGCCGCGGUAUAUGGGACUGGGCCAAAGGAGGGGCUGGCAGAGGCAGCAUCAUUGGACCUAUACCAGAAACUCCAGACGAUUUCGGUAUGCCAUCCACUACCGAUUCCGAGAAGAACGAUCUGUAUUCAGAAGAGCAAGUCGCAACUUCCAAAGUCACAGUCUUUGGACUCUCUCAUUCUCACAUCAACCCAUCACCGUCAUUUUCGCAGACAAAGCGAUCUUCAGACGAGCUCGUGGCCGCAUCGUCGGCCAACACUACCCCAGCCACUCUCAACCGUCCCACUGAGCAGUGGACAAAUGGCAAGCAAGUUAUGCCACAACCUAUAUCCGAACAUAGUAGUCCUCUCACACCAGAAACACCGACACCAGCACAGCGACAACGAGAUAUGUCGGUAGAUGCCAACGGCACACCCUCCAAGAAUGCAGUAGCCAGGGAGAACAGCGAGGUUGCUGAACACGUGUCAAACGGUGCAUCACAGAAGCCAAGUUCGACAACUCAGGCUUCUGACCCACCCCACUUACGAACAUUUAAGGUCACCCUUGCUCCCAAUAUGCUUUCACCAGCUCGGAACAGCCCAAGCGCAGCAAAGUGA